GUCGGUGCCCGUGCGACUCAAGAGCGGACCGAACACGCCACGGGGGAUAAACAGAGUCAAAUAGAAGGGUCCUCAAACGACAUCAGCUUAAUUUUUGCCUCUGAACCACACUCACGCAAUGGCUGCCCCCGUUCCCUUCCUCGAUGGCAUCGGUAUUGCCAACCUUCCCAACCAGAAACACAAGAUCGUCGCCAAGCGCGGGGCGCAUUUUACGAUAAUGGUUGUCGGUGAAUCUGGACUUGGCAAGACCACCCUUAUCAACACGCUCUUUUCGACCGAGCUUUCGCCUGCCAAAAACUACAACAAGCGUCACCACAAGCAGCUCGACAAGCUCACUGAGGUCGAGAUCAUCAAGGCUGAGCUGGAGGAGAAGCAGUUCAAGGUCAAGCUCACCGUCAUUGACACUCCUGGCUUUGGAGACUAUGUCAACAACCGCGACUCCUGGUCGCCGAUCGUUGACUUUAUCGACGACCAGCAUGAAGCCUACAUGCGCCAGGAGCAGCAGCCUCAGCGUCAUGAAAAGACUGAUCUGAGGGUACAUGCCUGUCUGUACUUCAUCCGACCCACUGGUCAUACUUUGAAGCCUCUGGAUAUCGAGAUCAUGAAGCGCCUCGGUACCCGCGUCAACCUGAUCCCCGUUGUUGCAAAGGCGGAUACAUUGACGCAGAAUGACUUGUUCCUGUUCAAGCAGCGCAUUCGGGAGGUCAUUACCGCGCAAGGCAUCCGCAUCUAUACUCCCCCUGUGGAGGCUGAUGACGACAGUGCGGACCACGCACGUAUUCUCACUGAUGCUAUUCCUUUCUCUAUCAUUGGCUCCACCGAGGAUGUGAAAACUCCGGAUGGUCGUAUUGUCAAGGGUCGUGAAUACCUUUGGGGUGUUGCCGAAGUUGAGAACGAGAACCACUGUGACUUCAAGAAGCUUCGGUCUCUGCUCAUCCGAACGCAUAUGCUGGAUCUUAUCUCUACGACGGAAGAUUCCCACUAUGAGAACUACCGUCAACAACAGAUGGAGACACGUAAAUUCGGUGAACCCAAGGUGAAGAAGCUGGACAACCCCAAGUUCAAGGAAGAAGAAGAACAGUUACGCAAGAGGUUCACCGAGCAGGUUAAGGCCGAGGAGUCCCGUUUCAGGCAAUGGGAACAACACCUUAUUGCCGAACGCGACCGUCUCAAUAAGGAUUUGGAGCUGGCUCAUGGAGCCAUCAAGCAACUGGAAGCCGAAUUGGACAACCUCCAGGUCGGUUACGGACGGGGCACCAGCCGGAGAUAG